AUGUCCGCCGACGAGCAGCGCACAUCCUCGCCGCUCACGCCGCCACUCGAGGCGCUCUACUGGACGCAGUACGGCCAAUGGUACCCCAUCUUUCGCAAGCAUGCACCCAAGUCCACGCUCAUCGACAUCCCUACCGUCGAGCCACGCUUCCUCGACUGGCUGGGCGCAGAUACCUUCAUCCUCCCCGACGGCAGUGGGCCCUCGACCCUUGCGCGCUUCAGCUCCGCCAACUCCUCCGCCUCGAGCUUGUCGCACAGCCACUCGGAUGACGACGAGGAGGGUGAGAAUGGGGUGAGGCUCGAGAGUCUGGAUGCGGCGAUCCGCGCGGUGGUGGAGCGGUACGGCGGCGGGCCCAUCUUCGCCAAGCUCAACUGGAGUGCGCCGCUCGACGCGAGCUUCAUGCUGGCGGGCAACAAUCUGCAGUGCAUGCAUCCGGAGGACGUGUACCUGCUGCUCAAGAGCAGUGAAUUUGUCGGGCGCGAUUUGGAGCAAAUCGCCCAAACCCAGCAUCCCACCUCGGACUCGGCGCCGGCGGAGGGCGGGGCGGCACUCGCAGUUGGCACCACGGAUGCAGAUGUGGUGGGGGAGAUUCGGCCGCAACUGGUGCUGAAGAAGUGGUUCCAACUGGCGAGGUCGUACGAGUUCCGGUGCUUUGUACGCGCACGCACGCUGCUCGCCAUCUGCCAGCGAGACAUGACGUUCUACGACCACCUACAGGACACGCAACUCCAACAACAACUGCGCACGGCCAUCGAAAGCUUCUGGCACACGGUGGUUGAGCCGUCGACCGAAUUUCCACUGCGCGAUUAUGUGCUGGACGUGUAUGUGACGAAGGACCUGGGGCGUGUGUGGAUCAUCGACAUCAACGCCUGGCUGCCGCGCACCGAUCCGCUGCUCUACACCUUUGACGAGCUCGAGCAACUUCACCUCCACCCUCCCGCGCAACCAGAACUCCGCGUGCUACACGACAAACGCCUCAGCUCCGCCGGCGGCACGGGCGCUACGUAUAGCAGCAACAUGGUCCCUACCGACCUGGUGCAGUUCGCCAAAUCCUCGGCGCGCACCAACUCAACCACCCCGCAGUCGGUCGAUCAAAUCGUUGCCAGCUGGAACGCCCAAGUCGACGCCGAAGACGCACACACAUCAGCCUAG